AUGGCAGGCACAGUCAAUACUACAUUUAAUAAUGAAAUGUUUUUGAAAUGGGUAAAAAUACUUGGAGCUGCUGGCUGUGGUCAUUUUACCAAUUACGAUGUUUACUCCUGCCGUGGCAUUAUUGAAUAUUUCUCAAAGUCAGUUGUUGACCAAUUGUUCAAAUAUCCACUAAGUCCAGCUUAUAUCUGCAUGUCGGAAUUUCUUCCAUUCUGUAAAUUUAAAGAACUAGCUCCUCUAAGCGGGACUAAGUAUCAAUAUAAAAUGUUACAAGAUAAGCCCGAAAUAAUUAAAAAUGAUGACUACUUAAAUAAUCUCUAUGAUAAAGUAAAUGGAAAUAAGAAGAGACCUACAAUUAAAUUUGUUCAGCUAACUGAUCUUCAUAUUGAUCUGGACUAUGUUGCUGGAUCAAAUGCAAAAUGUGGAUCUAUGCUGUGCUGUAGAGCAAUGUUUGGGUUUCCAAAAGAUCCUUCUAAGCAGGCUAAGAAAUUAGGGUCGUUUGGAUGUGAUUCACCUAAGGAACUACUUUACAGCUUAGGUUAAUUUAUUAGAUCUGAAAUUAAGCCUGACGCCAUUUUAUGGACAGGUGACAGCACCACUCAUGCUGAAUCUUACAAUAUGACUUUUGAAUAAAAAGUCGAUGAGCUUACAUUCCUUAAUGACUAUAUAAAAACUAAUCUUUCAGAUUAUCCCGUAUUUGCAGCAAUUGGAAAUCAUGAUUUCGGUAACUCUCAUUAAUAAGACUUCAAUAAUGGAGAUUAAACUCUAGACUUGCUCGCAGAUCAAUGGUCAAUUUGGUUAGAAGAUCAAGCAAAAGAACAAUUUUAGAAAACUGGUUAUUAUGCUCAGAAGCUAAAGCUCAAAAGUGGAAAGAUUUACAACAAUAGUAACGUUAUAAUGCUAAAUACAGAGGCAUGUUAUAAUGUGAACUUUUAUAUAUGGAGUUAUAGAAAUGAUCCUGGAAAUUAGUUAGAAUGGUUGAAUAGAACUCUUCAUGAAUAUGAAGAAAAUAAUCAAAUAGCUAUUGUGAUUGCUCAUAUUCCUCCUUCUUAUCAUGAAUGCAAUCAUGGAUGGUCUGUCAGGAUUAAAUCUAUUUUUGAUAGAUUCUAGCAUAUCAUUAGAUUUUAAACCUAUGGACAUGAACACUAUGAAAUGCACAAUAUUGUGAGAUCUGUGAUGGAUAGUAAGCCAGUAGGAGUUUAAUUUUGGAGUGCAUCACUGACUCCAAUGGAUCUUAACUUCCCAAGUGUAAGAGUGUUUGAACUUGAUGAAGAACAUCUUAUUCCAAUAAGAGCUCACACAUAUUUCUUAAAUAUAAAUGAAGACUAACCUUAAUGGUUGAAACAUCAUGAAAUGACUCAGCUAUACGAGAUGGAUGAUUUAAGUCCUAAAAGUUUUGACAUACUUUCUGAAAAAAUCAAAGAAGAAGAAUAUAUGGCAUUAAAAUACCAAAGUACAAAAUUUAUUGAUGCCCUACCAGACUAAUCCCUGGCUUGGACCAAGAGAAUGAAAAUGAAUUUGUACUCCAAUUUUAGCACACUAACUUUCGUUUGA